AUGACCGAAAUUAAGAGACAAAAGACAGCUGCUCAAUUGAGCAGACCAGCAAAUGUUGGUAUCAAGGGUAUCGAGAUUUACAUCCCUUCUCAAUGUGUGAACCAGAGUGAGUUGGAGAAAUUCGAUGGUGUUUCAAGUGGUAAGUACACCAUUGGUUUGGGCCAAACCAAUAUGUCAUUUGUCAACGAUAGAGAAGAUAUCUAUUCGUUGAGUUUGACUGCAUGCUCUAAGCUUUUGAAGAACUAUAACAUCGAUCCACAAGAUAUUGGUAGACUAGAAGUCGGUACAGAAACACUGAUUGAUAAGUCAAAGUCGGUUAAAACAGUUUUGACUCAAUUGUUUGAGGGCAAUUCUGAUUUAGAAGGUGUUGACACCUUGAACGCAUGUUAUGGUGGUACCAAUGCCGUCUUCAACUCGAUCAAUUGGAUUGAAUCCAGCGCCUGGGACGGCCGUGACGCUAUAGUUGUUUGCGGUGAUAUUGCCAUUUACGACAAGGGAGCAGCAAGACCAACAGGAGGUGCCGGUACAGUAGCAUUAUGGAUUGGACCUGACGCGCCAAUUGUGUUUGAUCCUAUUAGAGGUUCUUUCAUGGAAAACGCUUACGAUUUCUACAAACCAGAUUUCACCAGUGAAUACCCCUACGUUGACGGUCACUUCUCACUGACUUGUUAUGUCAAGGCGUUGGACCAAAGUUACAAAGCUUACUCCAAGAAGGCAAUUGCUAGAGGGCUAGCCAAGGAUCCAGCAGGCCCAGAAGCCGUCAAUGUUUCCAAAUUUUUCGAUUAUAACGUUUUCCAUGUUCCAACAUGUAAAUUAGUCACAAAAUCGUACGGUAGACUAUUGUACAACGAUUUCAGAUCCAAUCCAUCUUUAUAUUCCAAUGUCGACUCCAACAUGGCAACAGAGGACUACGAAAAAUCGUUGACCGAUAAGACAAUCGAAAAAACCUUUGUUAACGUUGCCAAGGUUUUACACAAAGAGAGAGUUGAACCUUCUCUGACAGUUCCAACAAACACCGGUAACAUGUAUACCGGUUCCGUAUGGUCUGCAUUGGGGUCUCUAAUCUUUUUCAAGGGCUCCGAAGCGUUGCAGGACAAGCGUAUCGGCUUAUUCUCGUAUGGUUCGGGUCUGGCUGCUUCAUUAUUCUCCUGCAAAGUCGUUGGUGACGUCAGCAACAUCGUGAAGGUUUUGGAUCUAGAACACAAAUUGUCCUCGAGAAAGACGGAAACCCCACAGGACUACGAGAAGGCAAUUCAUUUAAGAGAACAAGCACAUCUGCAAAAGGACUUCAAGCCACAAGGCUCUAUCGAAUUGUUGAUUCCAGGAACCUAUUACUUGACCGAGGUUGAUGACAAGUUCAGAAGAUCCUACGCUGUCAAGGAGUAG